GUGACCACAAACACAUUGAUUAAAAAACCAUCAAAAUGCUCUGCGAGGAUCAACUUAUGUCCGUGGAUAACACGCCCCAAAAAGGAACGGCUAGCUUGAAUUCUUCCGGAUCUUCCAUUUCCAUCGAUGUUAAGCCCAUGAUGCAAAGUUGGGCCCAGGAGGUCCGAGCGGAGUUUGGGAACAGUGACGAGGCCUCGAGUUCGCUAAAUAGCAGCGCUGCCAGUAGUGCGUCAUUUGUUAAGAAAGAAUUGGUGGAUAUAAAACAGGAAGACAUGGAAGAAUCCCAGCGUGAAAUGGCUUUCGAGUUCCUAGACGGCGUUAAUGAGGAGAAAUUUGAGCGACUGGUCAAAGAAGAAAAGUUAAAAACUCCAUUUAAAAGGCGGCACUCACAAACGCCGCUAAGUGCUGAAAACAGUCGAUCCAACAGUCCGAAUAGUAGCAACUCCUCCUCCCAUGAGGAUGUUAAGCCUGGAAAUAAUAAUGAUAAUCGUUUGCGUCACAACAAUCGCCAUUUCAAGGGCCACAAGGAGGAGAAGCGUGUGCGUCACAACAGCUACACAUCCUCUACAUCGUCAUCGUCCUCCUAUACUGAAGCCAACCCCGCUGUGCUAGCUCGCCGCCAAAAACAGAUUGAUUACGGAAAGAACACGGCUGCCUACGAACGCUACUUGGAGAUGGUGCCAAAGACUGAACGUGCCCGUGAACAUCCUCGCACACCCAACAAGUAUGGAAAGUAUAGCCGUCGCGCAUUUGAUGGUCUGGUUAAGAUAUGGCGUAAGAGUCUUCACUUCUACGAUCCGCCCACUCAAAAGAGGGGCGAGGCGGACAGUAACUCCGACUCCGAUUCGGAUUAGGACCUUGUUUGGGGGUGGGUUUAUCGUUGGGGGAUUAUUAACUAAACAUCAACGCAUAAGUAAGUACAAAGUUGAGAUAUCAAAAUUAAGGAAUCGAAUACGCAUUUUCCAACUACAAAGCUGUGUAUAAAAUUGUUACCACAAAUGUUAUGUUGAAUAAAAUGGCGUCUUACAAAA